UGUUGAGAUUGAGGAGCGAAGUUUACGCAGCUCUGCAUUAAAUUACUGACAAUUCAAAGGCGCGCGCCGAGAACACCAUGUAUCCCGAUUUGAAACGACUUGGAGAGGGGGUGUCCAUGCCUUUCAUGUGGUGAAGGAGAAAACACUUUGCUUAAUUUACCCAGGAAUAGACGUAGAGGAAGGCAGCCCAUCUGGAGUGGAGUGCUUUAUUUUGAAACACAGUAGAGGCGACGGUGGGUAUUCUCCAGUUUACAGUUACGAUCAGCCAUCGAAAUUUCUGCUUCAAUAAUCUGUUUUCAAUAAGGAUUGCUUCUGAACUGAAAACUUAAUUAACCAUAUAAGGCUGGAGAUAUCACAGUUGAAAUGUUACUGUAGGAAAGAAAGUGGAGACCCUGUUGUGCGCAUUCUGGUUUAUCCCAAAGAAAGCAGGUAGCCUAUAUGGUUACGCGCACGUUGUGCUUUGUGAGAAGAGGACUUCAACCAAACGAAAAUGGCCCGGAUUAUUCUUUGUGCUUUGAUAUUAGUUUUGGUUGACUUUAAUUAAAACAUAACUGUAGCCCUAUUGAACAUCCGAGGAAUUGACCCCACCGUCAAAAUGCUGGAAUGGCUAGUUGCUUUGUGUAUUGGGAUUCUGGUGACCGUCAUUUGGCCAGCUUGGAAAUAUUUUGGUACCCAGGGCGAGCCAGACGCACUCCUCCAGGGACUCGGAAUUUCACGGCGGCAGACGAAGGAGAUGGUCUCAGACCGGGGGGUCCCGGUGGACCUUGCUAAUGCCCAGACAUCGGACAGGGCAGGUGAGAAUAAAGUCCCCGAUGUUGCGCUGAUAUGCAAACCCUCGGCGCUGGCCAACUAUCUCUUCAAACACUGCAGGACUUUCAGCAAUUUCACAGCGUGCACUGGAUGGACUUGGCGGGCGAGUGCGUUUCUUCAGACAGUCUACGGCGCGUGCUGGCCGUACGAGAGCCCGGCGUAUUUCGUGCGGGACUACCUGCAGUUGAGCGACGACGGUCUGGUGGCGCUGGACUGGGCAGUGUCGAUGGCCGGUGCGUCAUACCAGAAACGGAGGAGAACCUCGAGUAAUUCCACGAGCCCCAUCCUCCUCAUCAUUCCCAACUCUUUUGGGAAAAUCACAAAAAAUGUGCUGAAGCUCUGUGAGGUGGCGUUGUCCCACGGCUACCUCCCUGUGGUGUUUAACCGGCGCAGCCACAACGCCACCCCCCUCAGCACCGUCAAGCUGCAGCAGUUUGGCGACCCAGGGGACCUACGCGAGGCCGUACGCUACAUGCGCUACAGGCAGCCCGUGAGCCGGCUGUACGCAGUGAGCGAGAGCACGGGGUCCGGCCUCCUCCUCUCCUACCUAGGAGAGUGUGGUUCAUCCAGCUACGUGACGGCCGCCGCUUGCCUCUCGCCAGUGUUCCGCUGCCAGAGCUGGUUUGAGAAAGGUCCCAUCUGGCCCCUACACUGGGCUCUGGUGACUUACCAGAAGAUAUGCCUCAACAGGUACAGGACAGUGCUGGGUGAGACAGUGCACACCGAUGCCCUUUUUUCCAGCUGUUCCAUGCGUGGCCUGGAGGAGGUGCUGUUCUGCCAGCAGCCAGGCCCUAAAGGAGCCCCGGCCCUAGCAGCGGGCACCAGCAGCAGCAGUGGUGGAGCCUGGGAGGCCUACUGGGAACGCAAUGAACCCCUCCGGGAUGUAGACGAAGUCGCCAUCCCCGUUCUGAGUGUCUGUGCUCAGGAUGACCCUAUCAGAGGAGACCCCCAGUCUACCCUACCCCUGGAACUCUUCGAGAGCAACCCCCACUUCUUCCUGCUGCUGACCACCAGAGGGGGACACUGUGGCUUUAACACCCAGGAAGGGCGUGCUUUCUCUGGGGGAGGGACCUUUGGAGGGACACCUGGGACUAGCUGGAGCCACCGGGCCCUGCUGGAGUUCUUUAGGGCCACCACGGACUUCAUUGCGGCAGAGGAGAGGGCUAAGCAGGCUGCCAGACGGAGGGGCCUGGGGGGUAGCAGCCAGGGCAAAGUCUUCAGACAUCGUAGUGUCAGUAGCUGUAAGAGGCUGCCCGCAUGCUCACAUAACAUACACACUAUCUACAACUGGCAGAGGUCUUAUACACGAUGAGCUGGGGUGAUGAUAUUGGAUAUUAUGGAUGAUAAGGGAUUGAUAUUAUGGAUGAUAGGGGAUUUAUAUUAUGGAUGAUAGGGGAUUUAUAUUAUGGGUGAUAAGGGAUGUACAGUGGGGCAAAAAAGUAUUUAGUCAGCCACCAAUUGUGCAAGUUCUCCCACAUAAAAAGAUGAGAGAGGCCUGUAAUU